AUGACUGCGGCUUCGCGGACCCCGAGUAUAUCGUCCUCCCCCGAGCUCUUGACGACAGGGCACAGAAAACGCUCUCUCUUUUGUUGCAUACCCGAUCUAUACUCCGAGAACAUCGUCGCAAAGAUCGUUCGCACUGCCUCGAAGGCCAUAGAAGACCCACACCUUUUCAACAAGGCGACAGGAGGCAUCCUCGGAUUUCCAGAAACCGUUCCUCAAGAUGGACCUAAUGCAGGGCGGUACGAAUUUCGUGAGCCCGAUUUCUGGACAUGCGGCUUCUUUCCUGGGUCUAUGUUCGCGAUAUUGGAAAGGUUUAUCAAAUAUCCACAUUUGAUUUCACUCCAAACAAAUGGGUCCAGUCUCUCCACAGAUAAGAUCCGCAGCAAACUCCGUUCCUUAUGCAAAACAUGGGCGGCUCCGCUUCACGAUAUGGCGUUCCGAACAGAUACGCAUGAUAUUGGUUUCAUUGUGAUGCCGGCUUUGAAGCGAGACUGGGAGCUGACAGGCAACGAGCAAAGUCUCCAAUCGAUAGUCCAGGCAGCUCGGAGUCUGGCUACCCGAUAUGUGCCCUCUGCUGGUGCCAUUCGCAGCUGGGACUGUUUAAUCAAGAAGGAAAUCACCGUCACCGAUAUGAACGACAAUGUGCUGGUCAUUAUUGAUAGCCUCUGCAACCUCGACUUACUCUUUUACGCCGCUGCGCAUACGGGUGACAAUGCGCUGGCCGAGAUGGCGGCAGCGCAUGCCCGGACCUUGUUAGAGACCCACCUUCGGCCUGAGACGCUCACAGGAAGGGGCUAUAAAGGCCAGCUUUAUUCUACAUGUCAUGUGGCGAAUAUCGAUCCCUCUUCCGGGGCACUGAAGUGGCGCUGGACCGCACAGGGCUAUGACAAUGAGUCAACCUGGGCUCGUGGACAAUCUUGGGCUAUUCUUGGUUAUGCUCAAACGUAUCUAUGGACGAAAGACCCGAUCUUCCUCGAUGCUGCCUGCGGUGUGGCCGAGUACUUCCUGUACCGACUUGAAACAGCGCCAUCAUGCGUCGAGAUCGAAUGCAAUGAGUUUGCCACUGGCGAGGGACCGCGCAAAGGCGGCCGUUAUGUCCCUCUCUGGGAUUUUGAUGCUCCAGUAGACGUCGUGGAACCGCUGCGAGACUCCUCGGCGGGUGUCAUCGCUGCGAAUGGAUUGCUUAUUCUCUCUCAAGCACUCACGAGUGUGGGUCGAGAUGCCCUUGCUCGCCGUUUUCUGGAUGCAGCCAUUGAUAUCGUCCGCGAUACGAUCGAUCUUUCGUUAGCUACUGAGCAAGCACGCCUCCUGUAUGGUGACACCGAUGUUCAUGUUGAAGAUUGUGUCCCGGGAUCAACCUUCGAAGCAAUUCUGAAACAUGGAACCGCCAAUAACAAUGAAAAUGCACGACGGCGGUAUCGGAAUCACGGUCUGGCAUAUGGGGACUAUUACCUGAUUGAAUUCGGUAACCGGCUGCUUGAGAUGGGUUUCGUAUAG